AUGGGCCUCACAACUUUUCUCGGAUCUUCCACCGACAAACUCGUCUCCAGCCGCUCCAAGACCUCCUCGUCCAACUCUCUCGACAAGGCGUCUGAGAAUGCCUCGUCUCAAACGACAGACGCCGGCCCGGCCUCCACUUCCCACCAUGGAUACAUUUACGAUGAGGAGCAGCUCCCUGCGCUGUCCCCCGACUGCCCCGAUCUUCGCGAGCUCAACAACAGCCUCGAAGCCCUUGCCGCCAUCUUCCCCGACGUUCAGAUUCAGGUCUUCCGCGAAAUGUUGAUCAACUUUGACGAGGAAUCGAGGCUGGCUGUGGUGAUCGACGCCCUGUUGAAGAACCGCGUCGCCUGGGUCAAGGGUCGCUGGAGGACUGUCGAUAACCAACCUGCGAGACCCCCGGUUGCGAACGAAGAAGCAGGAGAGCAGGACGAACCUCUGAUCCCUCGCGUCGAAGCCUUCCGAAGUGCCGAGUACAAACACGCCGUGCAAGCGCUGGCUUGGCACGAAUUCAAGGGCCUUUCGAGGUCCACCAUCAACGCCGUCCUCGCCGAGUCCAACUACUCCUACCUCGAAGCCCGCAACACUCUCGUAUCCCUCUCUUCAAAAUCAUGGCGCUUUACCAUAUCAUCCCUCUUCCUCCGCCGGAAACCGGUCGCUACGGGCGAAGCCGAAAAUCACCCGCUGAUAACAUGGAAAUCGACCGGCCAAGGCGCCAUCGUGCCGUCUCUCAAGGCCACGGGUAACGCCGAGCUCGAUUCUGAGCUUUACCGUGAUUUGGUCCGGCCGCUGAAAGAUCGGGCGCGGCAAACGCAAGAGGACAAGGAUCGAGGUCUGGCAUUCUUGAUGAAUAAUGAAGAAGCCGAGGAAGCAGGCGCCAUGCAUGAGUGCGCAUGCUGCUUUACCGAAUCCACUUUUGAGGAAUUUACAACCUGCAACACGGACGGACAUAUGCUCUGUUUCCGCUGUAUCCAACACUCGAUUACGGAGGCUGUGUUUGGCCAGGGAUGGCACAGCAGCAUCGACACAAACCACGGCACGCUGAAAUGUCUCGCUGUCGAAGGGAACGGGUGCCCUGGUCAUAUUCCCUAUGAACACAUACACCGCGCUAUGCUCGAGGAGAAGAAGGGCGCCGAGAUCCUCCGGAAACUCGACCAGCGAUUGGCAGAAAACAGUCUCCUCACCUCCAACAUGCCCCUAAUUCGUUGCCCCUUUUGCGACUAUGCAGAAGUGGAUGAUAUUUACCUCCCAGCACAAGAAACGCAACUUCGGAUCAGACUCGAUAGUCUACUCAGUCUUGCGCUUCUCCUCGUAUGCAUUGCGACCGUCCCCUUUCUCCUGCCUGUGGUCUUGUUGUCCUCCUUUUUCUGUCUUCUCGUCAGCACGAAGCAGACGGUUGGCGACCGCCUGGUCGCACAAUGGCACCUGGCUCUUGGCCGCCAUCGCCGACGGCGCCGUGGACUCAAGUUUGCAUGUCAAAACCCCGAUUGCGGGAAAAGCUCGUGUCUAUCCUGCGCCAAGGCCUGGAAGGACAUUCACGUGUGUAACGAGUCGUCCCUGGUUGCGCUACGUACACAGGUCGAGCAGGCGAUGAGCAUGGCCAUCAAGCGCGUCUGCCCGCGAUGUCAUACAUCAUUCGUCAAGAACUCGGGCUGCAACAAGCUCACCUGUCCCUGCGGCUACAAGAUGUGCUACGUCUGCCGCAAGGACAUUGGCGGUACCAACGGAGACGGCGAAGGGUACAGGCACUUUUGCGACCACUUUAGACCGGACGGCGACCCGCGGCCCUGCACCGAGUGCUCGAGGUGCAACCUCUGGGAGAGCGAGGACACCGACUCGGUGCUGAGGGAGGCCAAGGAAGAGGCCGAGGCCAAGUGGCGCGAGACGGAGAAGCGGGAGCUGAAUGGGGCCGAAAAGGCCUUUUUGGAGACGGGUUUUGCCAGGAACGGGGUCUCGCCGGUCGAGCAUCGCCUCAAGAACGGUCAAUUGCCGACCUUGCCCGAGUUGUGCGACUUUGUGGUUGAGACCAUUUUCGUGUGA